AUGACCUGGGAGCCCUCCUCUUGCAUUUGCAGCUUCCACUCCCAUCAUUUCCCUUCUCCACCCCCACCUGCCCACCCGCCCUUUCACCCACCUCUCAGCUCGUUCUGGACGGCUGCCGCCGUUGCUACUGGAUGGCCUGGGAACCCUCCUCUGUCGCACAGACUGCAAUACCCCUGCUCUUCCCGCUUUCCCCCAACCCAUCAGCUCCUUCUGGACGGCUGCCGCCGCUGCUACUGGAUGACCUGGGAGCCCUCCUCUGUGCGCCUCUGCACUGCCAGCUGGAGCCCUACUACCCGCCAGGCUGCAGAAGUGAAGGGAGAAAGGGUGAAGGCAGGAGAAGCAGAAGGAGGAGGAGUGGGAGCACUGGUGACGGGAGGGUCAGGAGAAGCGGGAGGGGCAGGGAGUGGGGAAUGGAGGAGGGAGGAGAUGCAGGAGGAGCGGAUGGGGCUGAUGGGGGAGGUGAAUGGCAUGGUGAAUGCGGUGAUGGGGGCGCUGGAGAAGCUGGUGUGUGCUGGCGUGGGGCUCGAUGUGAUGGGCGCAGACAUGCGCGCACUUGUCUCCUUUGCCCUCUAUUGCCCUCAGGCCAACCAGCUGGUGUGUGCUGGCGUGGGGCUGGAUGUCAUGGGGGCAGACAUUCGCGCUCUCGUCUCCUUUGCGCUGCAGUGCCCUCAGGCCAACCAGGUGGCACGGGUGCUGCUGCUGCUGCUCUACCGCCUCAUGUCUCAGCCCAACAGCAGCAGACCAUCAGCCUUCGUGGUGCAAGUACUUGCAUCAGGCGGAGCAGAGAUGCUCCUGGCCCAACAGCAGCAGCAGCAGCAGGGACUUAUUCAACCUUAUCCUCGUCUGCUCUCUCCUCCCUUCCCUUUCAUUCCAGGUGGCACGGGUGCUGCUGCUGCUAUACCGACUCAUGUCUCAGCCCAACAGCAGCAGAGCAUCAGCCUUUAUGGUGCAGUUCCUUGCAUCAGGCGGAGCAGAAAUGCUCCUGGCGCUGCUGCUGCGGGAGACCCAGUUGGCUCGAUUGACGAUAAGAAAACUGAGGCAGAGAAACCGGACUCAGCAGUAGGCAAAGAGGGUGGCGAGAGAGGCUCAAAGGCAGCAACAGGAGCAGCAGGAGGAGCAGGGGCAGCGGGAACAGGAAGCAGGAGAAGCUCUAGUGGGCUCUCGCAUGAAUCAGCAAGUGUGGAGCAGUCAGGAGUGGGCAAAGAGCAGGAGAGAGGAUCGGAGGAGGGCGAGGAGGAGGAUGGGGAGGAGGGCACUAGGAGGGGAGUAGCGGAGGUGGCAGCAGUGGUGGCGAGGCUAAGGGCGAAGCAGGUGUAUGAGGACGACGCAGAGGAGAGUGCGGUGCAGGUGACAAAGGAAGGGAUGGCCGUGCUUGCUCCGUGGGUGUGUGUGUCUGUGCCUCGCUUGGCCCGGACUGGCCCUGCGUCUGCUUCUUCCUCUCUGAAAUCUGCCUCCAGUCAUGCGAGCGGCGGUGCCGGUGCUGGUGCUGCUGCUGUGGCGGCGGCGGCUGCUGCUGUUGCGAAAGUUGCAAGUAGGGAUGGGGGAGGCGGCAGCAGGGGUAUUGGCGCCAGCAGCAGUGCGGGUAGCAGUGGCACAGUUGGUUUGGGAGCGGUGGUGACGGAGAGGGCAGGGAAGGACCGCAGUAAUGUGGGUGCGUGGGCGGUGUAUGGGGUGCAGAGGGCGCUGCAGGUGGCGCCUGGGAGGCUGUUCACGCCUGCUGUGUACCAUGCUCUCAUGACUGCUGUGCUGCGAUGCAAGGCCGUCGAUUCUCCCUCCGCCCUCCUCCCCCCGUCCACCUUCAUAGCGCCCUGGGAGCAGCAGCUGCUACUAGCGCUCCUCCGCGCGCUGCCCUCUGCCGCGCCGCACACUCAGCUCGCAGUGCUCCAGGACCUGCUGCUGCUGCUCUCCCUCAACCCCGCCAACACACGCCUCCUCACCCACUCCCCUGAGUGGCCUGAGUGGCUGCUCGAGAUCCUGCUGGCAAACCUCGAGGUAGGACCUCCUUCCUCCUGCGUGCGCUGCCACUCCCCUGAGUGGCCCGAGUGGCUGCUCGAGAUCCUGCUAGCAAACCUCGAGGUAGGACCUCCUUCCUCCUGCGUGCGCUGCCACUCCCCUGAGUGGCCCGAGUGGCUGCUCGAGAUCCUGCUAGCAAACCUCGAGGUAGGACCUCCUUCCUCCUGCGUGCGCUGCCACUCCCCUGAGUGGCCCGAGUGGCUGCUCGAGAUCCUGCUAGCAAACCUCGAGGUAGGACCUCCUUCCUCCUGCGUGCGCUGCCACUCCCCUGAGUGGCCCGAGUGGCUGCUCGAGAUUCUCCUCUCAAGCCUUGAGGCCUUGCCUGCAACAGGCUCCCUCCAACCCACAGCAACGCAAGUCGAUGAGAAGGAGAGCACUGGAGGUGGCAGCAAUGGGGACUCGCGUGCAGUGCGCAGCAGCACAAGCGUGCAGGAGGAUGUGAAUGAGCUCAUCUUCAGCUUCCUGGGAAUAGUUUUUGAGCACUGCUUGACAGUCAAGCAGGGGUGGAAGGUCCUGGAGGCCUCCUUUCAGUGCCUGCUGUGGAAGGCACUCAUUGGGGGAAGCAGCGUGGGAGAGCAGCUAAAAAGGAGGCAAGCAGCAAUGGUAACCAUCCAUCGCAGGCUGUUACACGAAGCUCUGGACUUCACCGCCUCGCACCUCCCCGCAAACCCUCCUGCUCCUCCAAACCCCUCUCAACCCCACUCUCUCUCCUCCCCUCCGCCCUCUUCCUCUGCCCUAGACAUGCUCUCUCCACGCUCUUCCACCACCCCUGCUACUGCCGCCUUGCCUACCACUGCCUCUCCUGCUGCUGCUGCUGCUGCUGCUACUGCUGCUGCUGCUGCUGCCCCAACUGCUGCUGCCCCAACUGCUGCUGCUGCUGCUGCUGCCACCUGCCUGUUAGAAAACGCAGUGGCACUGCUGAUGCUGCUGGAAGAGUUUCUACGCAUGCAGGCUGAGAAGAAGAUUAGCGUGGGGGAGGGCGAGGAGGAAGAGGAAGGGGAGGAGGAGAGUGGGGAUGGCCUGGUGGAGGGUCAGAGGGUGGACAGGGAUGGAACAGACCCUCCCACUGCAGAUGCUACAGCUGCUAUAGCCGAUUCGCCUGCUACAGCUGCUGCAGAUUCUGCCUCUAAUGGAUCAGCCUCCCUUAUUUCCCUAGACAGCCCCCAACAAGAGCGGCAGGAGCGGCGGCUACAGACACAUGCAUCGCCAUCAGGCCUCGGGUCAGCAAUAGAGAGGAACCGCAAGAAGCACAAACCAAGGCGGUUCAAAGCCGUCCAAUCUGCCUUAGCUAGCUACGGAUCUAUUGUCCAAUCCCUGCCCGACAGCUGGCGCCGCCGGUCCCGGCUGUGGUUUGGAGAGGGUGUGGGGGAGGAAGGGGAGGAGGCAGUGGGGUGGGGGGGUGAGGGAGGAGGGAAGGGGGGGAAGGGAGGGGAGGCGGGUGGUAGUGAGGAGGGGAGCAGAGCAGAGGUGUCUGCUUUAGAGCGAGUGUUAUUAGAGCUUGCUGAACCUAUAGUGGAGGAUGAGGAGGAGGAUGAGGCAGGGGGAUGGGUAGACCUACGCCUAGUGCUAAAAGGUGUGACUAUACUGAAGGGUAUGCUUCUGGAGAAGGAGGGGGUGGGAGCAGCGGAGUCUGGCGUUUUGGCUGUGCUGGGAGGGGUGGGGGCAGGAAUGAGCGAGGCUCUUAAAGGGAUAUUGGAUGAUGAUCAAUCGCUUGUGACUAUAUUGAGGGUGGUGUUGGUGGCGGCUAGGGAGACGGAUGGGGGGGAGAUGGGUGGGGAGCUGAUCAGGAAAGGAGUGAGGGAGGGGGAGGAAGUCACGGAGAAAGUUCUGAGCUCCUUGCUGUGGAGUUCACUGUUCAACCUCCGUGCAUUUCCCUGCGGCUGUUUCCUGGCUGUUUUCCCUGUGGCUGUUUUCCCUGUGGCUGUUUUCCCUGUGGCUGUUUUCCCCGUGGCUGUUUUCCCUGUGGCUGUUUUCCCUGUGGCUGUUUUCCCUGUGGCUGUUUUCCCUGUGGCUGUUUUCCCUGUGGCUGUUUUCCCUGUGGCUGUUUUCCCUGUGGCUGUUUUCCCAACCCCGCUUGUCAGAAUCCUGGCGCCGCUCCUCACCACCUCUCGCCUCGACCAGCGGCAAAACUGCGCUCUCUCCGUCGCUGCAAUUCUGCACACAGAGAUUAUCCACUCAAUCGAUUGCGAUCGCACCAUACUGCGCCCCACCUUCCUCGCCCUCCUCCUCCCCCCCUUCACCGCCCUCCUCCGCAAGUGGCGCCCAUCCCUCCGCUGCCUCCGCCUCCUCUCAGACCACACAGGCGCCUCCCCCCUCUCAGACCUCAACACCCCGGCUCUUGCCACCGACGCCAGCCCUACAGAUGCUGCUCUUGCGUUUCUCUCCCCGGUGUGGGUCGCUGCGUUUGCCUCGCCGCCUGCUGCUGUCUGCCUGGCCGCCACUGCUGCUGCCACAGGCCCUGCUGCUGCUCAUGGCUCGGGUAGGAGCUGGAACAGCAGCAGCAGGAGCGGCGGUGGUGGUAGCGGUGUGGGUGGUGCAUUUUUCGGUGCUGGUGCUGCUGCUGGAAGGAUGGGGCGAGAGAGGAAGCUGGGGCACAUGGAUAGGCUGUACGGGCUGACAGAUGGCAGGCCGGGAGUGGACGGAGUUCCCGAGGCCGCCACGUCAGCGAAGCGGCGGGAGAAGGGGGACAUUCAGAGGUCUGGGCGGUGGAGCCUGUGGGAUUCGCUGGAAGGCGCGUGGGUAGAUGUGAUUGGUCUCAAACACCCUGCUCUCAAGCUCUCUAGUCUCCUGCACUCUUCUCCUGUCAAGGGCAGCAGCAGCGGUGUGAGCAGUAUCAAGGAGUGGGAUGAGGUGGAGAUGCGGUAUAGCAUCUCUCUGGGACCUAAAGUGGGGGGGUUGCAGCUCUACCUCUCGUCUCUGCUCGACCUCCUCGACUCACAGGUCAGUCAGCCUCCCCCAGCAGAGAAUGAGGUAGUAGGAGGACUGCAGCUCUACCUCUCCUCUCUGCACGACCUGCUCGACUCACAGACCCUGCAAGAAGCAAAGCUUCACUCACCCAUUGUGAAGGCUCGGGCGGCAGGAGCGCGCAUGUGGCGCUCUCUCAUUCGCCAGCUGCUCAAGUCUGGGCGGCUGUGUGGCGCUCGGGCAAGCCAUGAGGAAUUCCGCCAAUCACGAGCCGUGUGGCAGCUGGAUCGCAUGGAGACCUCUCUGCGCAUGCGCCGGCGCGUGAAGCCAUGCUUCUCCUCCACAACUGCUACUGCCAGGCUCCUUGUUUCCGGUCCCCACGGGGCCAUAAGGGGUGCUGCUGUAGCUGCAGAAGAUGCUGCUGCAGACGCCGGGUCCGAUGCUGCUGCUGGAGCAGCAGCAGCCACAGCUGAAGCCACAGAAACGAGUGCUGCAGCAGUGGAGGAGGCAGUGCAGCGGCUUGGGGGAGCCCUGCCUGCGCCUCUUGGGGGCUUCAUGAGGGGUGGUGGUGGGAAGGGGGAGAAGGAGGGGGUAGCGGAGGGGGAAGGGGAGAAAGAGCAGGUAAAGGGAGACGAGGAGGAAGGAGGGAAGGGAGGAGGGGAGGGAGGAGGAGAGGGAGGAGGAGAGGGAGCUGGGAAGGAGGAGGGAGGCGAGGAGGGAGGGGUAGGGAGAGGUGACGUGGGUGGGGGAGACGGAGCUACAGCAGGGGCUGUUGCUGAGAGGGAAGUGCUUGGGAGUGUAGUAGCAGGAGAGGAUGUAAGGAGGAAAGAGGUGGGAGAUGGUGUUGAGGGUGGUGGUGUGGAAGGGGGUGCGAGUGGAGGGAAGAAGCAUAAGCCAAGUGGAUCGUCCAGUGGUGGGAAGAAGAGAGCGAAACCGGGCGGCGUGGAGUGGACGCUAGUGGCGGAUGUGGACGGCGAAGAGGUGCUGGCUGACGUGGCAGCAAUGAUGGUACAGCCGCUGCGAACAGUGAAGGGGCGGCUGGUGGUUACCACCACUCGCCUCUGGUUCCACGUGGACCCCUCUGUGCCCUUCCGAGAGAGAGGGGGCGGAGGACAGGGAGAGAAGGGAGAGAAGAGUGAGAAGGGAGAGAAGAGUGAGGUGGGCGGAGGAAAGGAGGACGGUGGACAGGAGGAUGAGGCGAAAAGCAAUCAGGAGGCUUCGGUUUCGAGUAGCAGCGGCGGCAAAGAGGGGAAGGUGGGCAGCAGCGAAGGAGCGACAGGAGGAGAUGGGACUGCGCGUGGGAGCAUGGGCGAUCGCGUGUGGCGGCUCUCAUCUGUCCGCGAAGUGCUGACUCGACGCUACCUUCUGCGUCGCUCUGCCCUGGAGAUAUUCAUGAUAGACCGGUCCAACUUCUUCUUUGCCUUUGAGGGGGCCGAGGAGCGCAAGAGAGUGCACCGCGCCAUCGAGAGGGCCCACCCGCCGCACUUCCAGCACCUCUUCUCUGCAUCUCAGCGACCGGAGACCAUGCUGGAGAAGCUUCAGCUCACCAAGAAAUGGGUCAACAGAGAAAUCACCAACUUUGAGUACCUCAUGCACCUCAACACUCUCGCCGGGCGAUCCUUCAACGAUGUCACUCAGUACCCCGUCUUCCCGUGGGUAAUUCAGGAUUAUACCUCCAAGGAGCUCGAUCUCACCAAGACAGCCACAUUCCGCGACCUCUCAAAGCCCAUGGGAGCGUUGACUCAGCCGCGCCUGGCAAAGAUAACCGAGCGCUACGAGUCAUUUGACGACCCGGUCAUUCCCAAGUUCCACCACGGCACGCACUACUCCAGCGCUGCAAUAGCCUCCCACUAUCUCGUGCGUCUGGAGCCCUUCACCUCUCUCGCUGCAUCUCUCCAGGGCGGCAAACUGGACCACCCCGACCGGCUAUUCAGGGAUGUGGCGAGCACGUGGAGGGGGGUUACGACCGACAUGGCCGAUGUGAAGGAGCUGAUCCCCGAGUGGUUCUGCCUGCCAGAGAUGUUUCAGAACGUCAACGGGAUCCCUUUAGGCUCAACACAGCAAGGGGAGGAGAUCGGGGAUGUGGUGCUGCCGCCCUGGGCUGACAGCUCGGUUGAUUUUGUGCACAAGCAGCGGGCGGCACUGGAGAGCGAAUACGUCAGCAGCAACCUGCACCAUUGGAUCGACCUCAUCUUCGGGUACAAGCAGACAGGGCAAGAGGCAGUGAAGGCGCACAACGUGUUCUUCUAUGUGACCUACGAGGGCGCUGUUGAUAUUGACUCGGUUCAUGACCCUGUCACUCGGCAGGGCCUGGAGGAUCAGAUCAAGUACUUCGGCCAAACGCCCUCACACCUCUUCACCGCUCCUCACCCCAAGCGCAUCCCUCUCGACCAAGCCCUACACCUGCAU